AAGCCCUUCUCUCACUGUUCCCUCCUCUGCGCCGAGUUCUCCUCUCCUUCCCUGCCGCGCCACGCAUGCCAUCGCCGCCGCGGAGGCCCGCGAGACCGCCGGCCAGCGCCCAGCACUCUCCGGCCAGCACCUGCCUAGUCACGGCUCCCAGGUGACUCCCGCGAUCGCCCCCCCCCCCCGCCGGCGCUGGCGCGCACGGCUCGACAGGGGUAGCGGCGCCCCCCGGUUUGCGUGUUGGAGGCUCGGCCGUCGAGGAUGAGCGGGAGGAAGAAUGCCGGCAGGACUUCCCCCUGGCUGCUCAUCCUCAUCUCCGCAGGGUGCUUCUGCGCGACCUACAACUUCCUGACGAUGCACGGCCGGGGCCGGGACGGGCCGCGCAAGCUCCUCGGCGGCGGGGGCCGGGGCUCGUACGGGUCGCGCUCCGGCUCCGACCCGGCGAAGCGGUUCCACGUCGCGCUGACGGCGACGGACGCGCUCUACAGCCAGUGGCAGUCCCGGAUCAUGCACUACUGGUACAAGGAGAUGAGGGACCGCCCCGGCUCCGACAUGGGCGGCUUCACACGGAUCCUUCACUCGGGGAAGCCUGAUGGGUUGAUGGACGAGAUACCUACCAUGGUGGUGGACCCGCUUCCUGAAGGCAAGGAUAAGGGAUACAUUGUCUUAAAUAGGCCUUGGGCAUUUGUCCAGUGGCUGCAGAGAGCAAAGAUCGACGAAGACUAUAUACUAAUGGCGGAGCCAGAUCAUGUCUUUGUGAAGCCUUUGCCAAACUUAGCUCAUGGUGAUGAACCAGCGGCGUUUCCAUUUUUCUACAUCAAACCAACUGAGAAUGAGAAGAUAUUGAGGAAGUUCUUUCCAGAAGAAAAGGGACCUGUCUCAAAAAUUGAUCCUAUUGGCAACUCUCCAGUUAUAAUCAAGAAGGCCCAACUUGAGAAGAUUGCUCCAACCUGGAUGAAUGUUUCAUUAAAAAUGAAAGAGGAUGAGGAUACAGACAAAGCUUUUGGAUGGGUCUUGGAAAUGUAUGCAUAUGCUGUUGCUAGUGUGCUGCAUGGUGUGCACCAUAGUCUCCGUAAAGAUUUCAUGAUUCAGCCUCCUUGGGACCUAAAAACAGAAAACACAUUCAUUAUCCAUUAUACGUAUGGAUGUGAUUAUACAAUGAAGGGUCAGCUAACUUAUGGGAAAAUUGGUGAAUGGCGUUUUGACAAAAGAUCUUAUCUUGAAUCACCACCACCAAGAAAUCUUUCACUACCCCCUCCUGGAGUUCCUGAAAGUGUGGUCACCCUUGUGAAGAUGGUGAAUGAGGCCACUGCAAACAUUCCAGGGUGGGAGGAUGAGAGAUAAUCUGAUGGCUUGGCUGAGCUGUAGUUUAUUUUAGCUCCUAGCUGUUAUGGUUUUUGUUGGAAAACAUAGAGGAAUACCACGGGUGAAUAAAAGAAGAGCGUUCAAUUCAUAUCUGAAGUCUAGGACUUUGGCCAAUUUUCUACAGUUUAACGUAGGUUAGUGUUCGGUAAGAAAAAGAUAUAUUCACUUCGAUCUAGUGAGUUGCAUCAUUUUUGUAUUGUAAAGCAGAAAUAUAGGCUUUUGGUUACUCUUGGUUCAUUUAGCCAUGUUGUAAAGCAGAGAUGUAGUUUAGAGUCCUAUGCAUACCAUGAGAGGUUUGUUAUUAGUCAUCUUGGGAAAAGUUCUGCUGGGUGCUGGCAACAUCCUGCUGAGUGCUAUCACUGGAAACCACCAAAGGCUUUCAGAAAUAGUCUAAUAUACCUUGAUAUUACAAAUA